GAUGUAUUUGUAACUAGUCAUCGCUAGGUGGACUGCAAACUGCAACAAUUGUUGAGUAUUGCGUAUUAUUGCCAAUUAUUGGAGCAGCGAUUAUCUUGUGUUAGUUCGUGUUGCAAGCUCGUGGCCAAUAAAAGAGGAGAAGAAAAUUAGGAGCACUGCUCCUUGUUUGGAGCAAUUGAUCUGUCAGGAGACCGGCGUCGAAUUAUUGUGUCGGAUCGAAAGAAUUAUUUAUAAUUGUAAAAAUGGUUGUAAGAUCAUAUCAAGAAGAGCUCAAAUAUUUAGAAAAGAUAAAUGAAUGUUGUUGGAGAAUUAAAAAAGGCUUUCAGCCUAACAUGAAGGUUGAAGGAGUAUUUUAUGUAAAUAAUACAUUGGAGCGUUUGAUGUUUGAUGAAUUGCGCAAUGCAUGUCGGCCAGGUGCUGUUGGAGGUUUCCUGCCUGGAAUGAAACAGAUUGCUAAUGUUGCAGCUUUACCUGGUAUUGUAUGGAGAUCUGUUGGAUUACCAGAUGUACACUCUGGAUAUGGCUUUGCUAUUGGUAAUAUGGCAGCGUUUGACAUGGAUGAUCCACAGUCAAUUGUCUCACCUGGUGGCGUAGGCUUUGAUAUUAAUUGUGGUGUUCGUCUAUUACGAACAAAUUUAUUUGAAAAGGAUAUCUUACCAGUGAAAGAACAACUUGCGCAAAGCAUGUUUGAUCACAUUCCAGUUGGCGUUGGAUCUAAAGGAAUCAUACCAAUGAAUGCACGAGAUUUAGAGGAAGCAUUAGAAAUGGGAAUGGAUUGGUCUUUGAGAGAAGGUUACAUUUGGGCUGAGGACAAAGAGCAUUGCGAAGAAUAUGGAAGAAUGCUCAAUGCAGAUCCAUCAAAAGUAUCAAUGAGAGCUAAGAAACGUGGACUUCCUCAAUUAGGAACAUUAGGAGCUGGAAAUCAUUAUGCGGAAAUUCAAGUAGUGGAUGAAAUAUAUGACAAAUGGGCUGCAUAUAAAAUGGGCAUCGAAGAAAAAGGACAAAUUUGUGUUAUGAUUCAUUCAGGGAGCAGAGGAUUUGGUCAUCAAGUUGCUACAGAUGCACUUGUUCAAAUGGAAAAAGCUAUGAAACGCGAUAAAAUAGAAACCAACGAUAGACAACUUGCAUGUGCUCAUAUUAAAUCUCAAGAAGGUCAGGAUUAUUUAAAAGCAAUGUCAGCUGCCGCCAAUUUUGCAUGGGUUAACAGAAGUUCUAUGACGUUCCUUACUCGACAGGCAUUUGCGAAACAAUUUAAUUUAUCUCCGGACGACUUAGAUAUGCAUGUUAUUUAUGAUGUAUCUCAUAAUAUUGCCAAAAUAGAAGAACAUAUAGUUGAGGGAAAACAGAAGACACUUUUAGUUCAUAGAAAGGGAUCAACGAGAGCCUUUCCACCUCAUCAUCCUUUGAUUCCUGUAGAUUAUCAAUUAACCGGUCAACCUGUUUUAAUCGGUGGUACAAUGGGUACAUGUAGUUAUGUUCUGACUGGUACUGAACAGGGUAUGAAAGAAACAUUUGGUUCAACAUGUCAUGGUGCUGGCCGUGCUCUCUCGAGAGCGAAAUCACGUAGAAAUUUGGAUUAUAUGCAAGUUCUGCAAAAGUUAGAACAAUUAGGUAUAUCUAUACGUGUUGCUUCACCAAAAUUAGUCAUGGAAGAAGCACCAGAAUCCUAUAAAAAUGUAACGGACGUUGUUGAUACUUGUCAUGCAGCUGGUAUUUCUAAGAAAUGCAUUAAAUUACGUCCAAUUGCGGUUAUUAAAGGAUAAUUCACAAAAUAUUUUGACAAUUUUUUUAUAUAUGAUGAUAUAUAGUAAAUAUAUUUGCCAAACACUAAAGUUAAUAUAUUGGCUAAUAAAAUUCAAAUUGUGUUUGUAAAAAUUAUAUAACAACAUUUUUUUAUAAAUUGUAACAUAUAUUUUGCAACAUGGAAUUAUGUAACUGUUGAUUAACUGUUGAUUGUUACAUUAGCUUUUUGUACUUAAUGUAAUGAAGUCAUAUACCAAUACAUUAUAUACCUAAUGAUAUUAAAAGAUCUAUAUGCGUUAUAAACGCUAGUAGUUAUUAAAAUAAAUUUAAUAUUAAUCAUAAAAUUAUAUUACAUCACAUAUACACAUCACAAACUAUACAUAUAAUAGGAGGAGGAAAAAUAAAGAAUAAAAUAAAUUUUAAAAA